GGGUAGAGGCAGUUGUUCACUCAUCUUUCCAUAUUUUCUCUCUCUUCUUUCUUUCUCUCUAGUUUUCUCUGAUCUUCUCUCCUCCCAAAAAUGGAGUCUUCAAGUGAUGAAGAAAGAAAGAUGAAUGGACAUAACCAAGAUGAAGAAGAAACUUCAAAGAAGAAAAAGGGUGGUUUUAUUACUAUGCCAUUUAUCAUAGCAAAUGAGUCAUUUGAGAAGGUAGCAAGUUAUGGAUUAACACCAAAUAUGAUACUUUAUUUGAUGAAAGAUUACAAGAUGAGCUUAGCAAAAGGCCAGAAUUUGCUCUUUUUUUGGACAGCUGCUACUAAUUUCUUGCCUCUUAUCGGUGCUUUUGUUGCUGAUUCUUAUCUCGGUCGUUUUCUUACCAUUGGUAUUGGUUCCAUCAUCAGUCUUUUGGGGACAAUCCUUCUGUGGCUGACAACAGUAAUACCGCAUGCUAAGCCUCCGCCAUGCAACCCGUUAGCACCCCAAACCUGUGAAUCCCCAACAUCAGGACAGUAUGCACUCCUCGUGUUCGCCUUUCUUCUCAUGUCUAUAGGUGCUGGUGGUGUGAGGCCUUGUUCUCAGGCUUUUGGUGCCGAUCAAGUGGACCAAAGAGAAAAUCCUAAUAAUAAGAGGGUUUUAGAAACCUUCUUUAACUGGUACUAUGCUUGUGCUUGCCUUUCUGUUGUGAUUGCUUUGACGGUUAUUGUAUACAUUCAAGAUCACUUGGGUUGGAGGAUCGGUUUUGGAAUUCCGGUAAUCCUCAUGUUCUUAUCGGGCCUCUUCUUCUUCCUCGCCUCUCCUUUCUAUGUGAUGAAUAAGGUUAAAAGGAGUCUUCUUACCAGUCUUGUACAAGUUGCUGUUGCUGCUUUCAGAAACAGAAAAAUGACUUUGCCACCUCAAGGAUCAAGCGUGCAGUAUUAUUUUAAGAAGGAUUCUACAAUAACUGUCCCCAGUGACAGAUUAAGGUGCUUGAAUAAAGCUUGUAUCAUUCAAGAUCCCACUCAUGAUAUUGGUCCUGACAAUUUGGCGAAAAAUCCAUGGAAACUGUGCACUGUGGAGGAAGUUGAAGAACUAAAGUCACUCAUUAGAGUCCUUCCGAUUUGGUCAACAGGGGUCAUUAUGUCCAUACACACGAACCAGGGUUCAUUCGGUCUUCUCCAGGCAAAAACUAUGGAUAGACACCUAGGCCCGAAGUUUGAAGUACCAGCUGCUUCAUUUGGUACUUUCACGAUCAUCAUCAUAGUACUUUGGAUUCCAAUCUAUGAUCGUGUACUCCUUCCCUUGGCAUCGAAGAUUCGUGGCAAACCAGCUCGCCUUGGUGUGAAGAUGAGGAUGGGGAUUGGCCUCUUUUGCACAUUCAUGUCUAUGUUGGUUGCUGGAAUAGUGGAACACGUAAGAAGGCAACGUGCUAUUAGUCUUGGGUUCGCCAACAAUAGUGAAGGUGUACUCCACAUGUCUGCCUUUUGGCUUGUAUUCCAACAUUGCUUUAGUGGCUUAUCCGAGGCUUUCAAUGGUAUCGGACAAACAGAAUUCUUCUACUCGGAAAUGCCCAAGAGCAUGUCGAGCAUAGCAACAUGUUUAUUCGGCGUAGGGAUGGCAGUAGCAAGCUUGUUAGCAAGUGUAAUACUGAACUUGGUGGAUGGAAUCACCAAGAAAGGAGGAAAAGAUAGUUGGGUUUCAAGCAACAUUAACAAAGGUCAUUAUGACUAUUAUUAUUGGGUUUUAGCUACAAUAAGUUUCUUGAAUAUAUUGUAUUAUGUGUUCUGUAGCUGGUCUUAUGGACCUGUUGAGGAGAGAAAAAACAAGGUGAUUGAUGAAGAAGAGUUGGCUAUGCUGAGGUGUGGAAGUCAGCAGCAGAAGGGAGAGCUAAAGGAGGACUUUGGUUUAGUAAAAUCAAAUUAAUUUGGAGGUUGAUGUGUAUAUUUUGGUAAAAAAAUUAUAAUCAAUGGUUGAUUGAUGUACUUUAGUAUAAGUAAAAUAUAUGAUUUAGAAUAUAGAUGAUUGUUGUGCUUGAGUCACUUGGCCUUGUGAAGUAUGACCAUGUAUUUUGUUUUUAGAUUUUUUUUUUUUUUAAUAGGGGAUUUAUUUUUCUUUUUUUUUUUUGAGAAUUUGGUUGUACUUGAAGUUUGGAAUUUGAAGUGAUAUAUGUAAUUGAGGUUUUUUUUUU